UAUAUAAGCAGCGUGAAUUUACCUCUCUCAGUGGUUGCAGACUUUAUGCACUAUGAUGUUCCACGUAUUCAUCGGUGUUUGCCUCUUAGAGGUUGUUGCUGCGUCUACUGCUAGGACGUGGCACCCUGGAUCGAAACUCAAUGAGAUUGUGGCUCGGGAGAAGGUUGACCUCAGCUCAAGGGUCAGCACAUGCACCAACGACUUCACCAUCCGCCCCUUGAGUGGAGUCUGCAACAACCUGGACAACCCAGGAUGGGGAGCUCCUCUACAGGACUUUCGAAGACUCAUCGAUGCCGUUUAUGAUGAUACUACCGGUAAACCCCGGUUAGAUGGACUACCCAGUGCCAGAGCUGUUAGUGUUGCGUGUUUUCCCAACGACAAUGACAGCACCCUGGAGGCCUCGCUGAACCUGCUGGUCAUGCAGUGGGGGCAGUUCAUGGCUCACGACUAUGCUGGGACACCACGCAAAAAGAAAAAGAAUUGCUGCUCCGGUCUCGACGCUGAUGGGAAACAUCCAGACAUGCAGAAUAAUGGAAGUUGCUUCCCGAUCGUCGUACCGUCAGAUGACCGUUACUUUAACGAUUGUAUACCGUUCACCCGAGCUGAAGCUUCAACCAUAAGCACGUCUCACAGGGAGCAGAUAAAUAUGAUCACGUCUUACAUUGACGCCAACUCCGUCUACGGGGGUUCAGUGGAGGAAAGCGACCAACUGAGGACGAAAUCAGGAGGGUUAUUGAAAACCGCCCCCGGCACGGACAACCUUCCGCCUUCUGACACCAUGUCCUGCGCAAAGAGACCUGGCUACAGCUGUUUGGAUGCUGGCGACUUCCGGGCCAACUCCUUCCCAGGAUUAGCUGCCAUGCAUACCUUAUGGGUAAGGGAACACAACAGACUUGCGACCGGUCUUGCUGCAGUAAACGACGACUGGGACGACGAGAGACUCUUCGAGGAAGCUCGCAAGAUCGUCAUCGCCUCCCUUCAGCGCAUCACCUACAGCGAGUGGCUUCUGAAAGUUCUUGGACAGACCUUCUACGAUGCUUUCGACCUGGGAGCAACAUAUUCCUACGACAUCACUGUCAAUCCAGGAUUGAUAAACAGCUUUGGUACUGCAGCUAACAGAUUCGGCCACUCUCAGAUCCGCGCCAAGUACAGCAUGACGGGAGAUGACGUGGAGACCAAGGUUGAGGACCUGAUAAUGGACCCUUCGUAUGUUACUGACAGCUUCUAUGACGUCAUCGAGGGUCUACUUGACGCCAAGAACCAGAAAACAGACGACAAGUUCCCCAUCGGUUUAAUGGACCAUCUUCUUGAAAACGUGAAGAAGCCAGGGGAUGCACGAGACUUGAUCUCUUUCAACAUACAACGAGGGAGGGACCAUGGCCUUCCUCCUUACUCUGACUUCCGCGACAUAGCUGAGGAGUUCGCCACCGACAACGGCUUGUCUUCUGGGGCUGCAGCAAAUCUUGAAUGCGGUGAUUCGCUGUACACGAGCAGGGAUGACGUCGACCUCUAUGUUGGGGGUAUCAAGGAGGAACACGUGACAGGGGGACUCGUCGGACUUACCUUUGCCUACAUAAUGGGUCUGCAGUACAGCGACCUUCGGUCCGGGGAUCGAUUCUGGUACGAGACAACCAACACAACUAUUGGCUUCACUGCAGAUCAGCUGACGGAGAUCCAGAAGGUGACCUUUGCAGGUGUGCUCUGCAUAAACACUGGCCUUGAAACUAUCCAACCGGAUGCUUUCAGCAUCUCCAGCUCAGGAUCUAACGAGAAGGUGUCCUGCGAUAGCCUGCCGGAUAUCGAUUUGUCCAAGUGGGCGGAGUAAACGACACGGAUAUGUCAGCUGUCAAGCAUGUCCAGUCCUCAUGAAAUAAAGGUUUUGCCUUUAUCAA